UGAGCAAAAUACACGUCACAGGAUGGGUUCUUUCUAUACCCUCCUCGGAUUUCGGAAACUGGGAGUGAUGUAAAAAUACCUAAAGAGGGUUUACCUUGUAAAUGAGGCCUAUAUGGGCGAUGAACUCUCUCACUCUUAAUCUUCUUUUGGUUCUGAUCAAUUUUUAUCACUAACCAACAAACGUCAGCCAGUUUGGGCGUGGUUUAGGGUAUUACCAUUGUUUACCCUUUUUGUCUUUCGUCAGAUGGUCAUACAGACAGGGACAUUGUGUUGAAAUGGAAAAACUCCUCUAUUCAAAUCGCCAACAAAGAAAUGGCACAAUUCCUCGUUGGUGAAGCUACUUUGUCCACUAGAGUCAACACGUUCAUUACUGGGAACUACACAGUGUUGACGGUGACGUUUCCGUUUAAGAGGCGCAUGGGUUAUUACAUCAUCCAGGUGUACAUACCCUGCAUAUUUCUGGUCAUGCUCAGUUGGAUCGUGUUCUGGAUGAGGCCGGAUGACAGCGCCAGUAGAUUGACCGUGGGCAUCACCACUAUACUGACCAUUGUGUUUUUGCUCGGUUACACAAACGGAAUGCUUCCAAAGGUCAGCUAUGUUAAAGGAAUGGACUGGUAUCUAAUGGUGUGCUUCACAAUCAUUUUCUUGAGUUUGUUGGAAUGCAUUAUCGUGGACAGACUGUGGAGAGCAAACGCCAAGAAAGUAGAAGACGAGAAAAAGAAUGGCAACACGAGCAAAAGGAAAAGCAAGUGCUCGAUAAGGAAAACGGAUGGGUUAAACUGCAGUUAUGUUUCAGAAGUACAAAUCUUACCGCCGAAGAAAAAAGAGACUGGCACUCAGACGAACAACAAAGAUGCAAAUUUGAACAAGUGGGAGACAGAAGAACACGAAGAGAUAUUUCACAUGAUAAAAGAUGAAUACAGGCACUUAAGUCUCGAUCAUGUGCGCCCACACUUUUCAGGAGGAACCUGGGUCCAGGAAAAUAAGGAGCAUGCGCAUUACGACACAGUUGUUCGGUGCUUCGUCAAAAGAAAUUGUUGCCCGAUGGAACUUUCGGCAAGGGUGGACAAAGCAAGUCGCAUAUUGUUUCCUUUGUCAUUUCUGCUUUAUAACAUCGCUUAUUGGGUGACUUACUAUUAUGGUAUAACUGUUUUGCCCUACAGAAUAUGAUAUCAUAUAAAAAAGAUUGAUAACAAUAAUCGUACGAUGUAAUUAAAGUCAACAUUUAGAGCUUAUACCGACAAGCAGUGCGCCCGCUUUGUUGGUUCUUGCCCCUGGGAGACGGGGGUGCGAAGAACUCUUUAGGUAGACUUUCGGAGAUACUAGUCAUGCCCCUGGGGGGUUCAAAACCGUACCUUCGGUGAGUGUAGCAUUGAAGUCUCAUUGAGAGCAGUGCCUGCUCUCAGUGUGGGCAUGCAAUGCAAUUCACAAAUAAAGGGGACAUAGUUGUCAAGAAAUAAACAAAGUUUGUACCUCUCAGGGCAAAAACUAAGCUUUAGACAUAUACACGGAAAAAAAUUAGCUUCUUUUUCAGAUUUUUUGACCGAUCGUGAUGGAUUGCGCAUCCGAAGAAAGUCAAAAUUUCUCAAGUUUGUUUGUUUUUUCGACCUUUUUUUUCUAUUUGAACUUUGGGCCCAAUCUUGCGUGACUUGCAGCUUCCAACAAGUGUUUGGAGACAUGCUAUGUUGGUCAUUCAGUGCGUGAAAAUCCAAUUAUUGCUGUUGUUUAACCUCGCGCUCUAAUUAAGGACAUUCGCUGUCCACCAAUGAGAACAGAGAAUAAAAUGUAUAACAAUAAUACCAGAUAGUGGCAAUGUCAUUUUAUUUAACACUAGAAGAACACUAGGUGGUAAUAAAAUUGAUGACUUUGUCGGCCAUUGACAACAGCGCCCUGCUUAGUGCGGAACGCUUUGCCGUUACCCAGUAGCCAAUGACAAUCAGGGGCUGUGAAAACAACAUAGAAACGGCCUACCACAUGCAGUGAUUCAUAGAAAACGUUGUAAACAUGUAACCUUCCUUUGUAUUAUGCCGAAAAUUCCCUUGAUUAACUGUAAUUUCCGGUUUAAUGUGUUCUUAGUAAACGACUAUAAGAAAUUCAUCAAUUUAAGACAGGUCCUUUGACAAAAGUCCGUUGAGACAUAAGUGCAGUCAUAAGUCGGUUGUUUUUCUCACAAUUUGGAAAGUACAAGACUUACAAAAUGUCAUGGAUAGAGUGUGAAUUAAAUUUGGAAGCUAUUGUUCGAGUCCUAAGACGAUGAUUAUUACCAAGGACUUCAUUACUUGAGUAUACACCUGCCCAGACAUCCAGCUGAGAACUGAACUACAAACCCUCAACACUUCGAGCUUCUAGAAAAAUUCGAGGAAAAAACCUCUGUUGUCUAAUCAGUGUAGUAAAGAGCUCUUGAGGAACUAAUGACCAAUCGU